GAUAAUAAAUGCCAUGACCGUUUAGUGGUACCUGUCGUUCCUACGAUGAUCGUUUCAUUGAAACAAUUCACAGAUUUUUUUUCAAUUUAAUAGUUUUUCAAAAAAAAAAAAAAAAAAAGGAGAAAAAAAAAUUUAAUAAUUUUUUUCCCAGUGGAUUUUAGUUUUAAAAAAAAGAAGUGAAAAAUGGUAGUGAAGUCCGCAACAAGUGGACCAAAUUUGAUUGAAAAACAAAUUGGGUGUAUCAAAUAUACAAUUUUUUGUUUUAAUAUCGUCAUAUUUCUAUUAGGAUGUGGAAUGUUUGGUUUAUCAGUAUGGUUACGAGCGGAUUCAGGAUUUCAAGAUUUCGUUGAUUAUCUUGAUAUCGAUGAAUUUUAUAUUGGAAUAUAUUUACUAAUUUUCACAUCCGUUGUAAUUAUGAUAAUUGCUUUUAUUGGAUGUGGAGCAGCAUUAAUGGAAUUCAUAACUGCUCUUUACGCGUACAUUGGACUUCAAGUUUUGUGUUUUGUAUUUGGCCUGGCAGGAGCAGCAGUUCUUUUAAAUUAUUCAACAUAUGAUAGUGAUAUUCAACCUCUUAUUCGAAGAUCAAUGACUACUUUAAUUUCAAAUUCUCAACAUGAUGAUGCUUCUCGAAUGCUCAGGAUAGUUCAAGAACAGAUUGGAUGUUGUGGUGCUGAUGGUCCCAUGGAUUAUUUGACAUUGCUUAAACCACUGCCAACUGAGUGUCGAGAUACUGUGACCGGAAAUGCUUAUUUCCAUGGAUGUGUCGAUGAACUAAGUUGGUUUCUUGAGGGAAGGUCUGCAUGGUUAGCAGGAUUGGCAUUAUCUCUUUGUAUGUUCCAUGUUGUUCUAGGUGUUCUUUCACUUAUUUUAAUUCAAGCAAUUCAAAAAGAAGAGGAAAGUGCAACAUUUAAACGUUAAUAAAUUUUUAACACAUUUUUAUAAAAUAAAUUUUUUACCUGAAUUAAUUUUUUUUUUAAUAAUAAUAAUAAUUUGCUAAGUAUAGAAUUAAGUAAUAUAUAUUAUUUAUAAAAAUAUAAAUCACACACAUACUACAAAUCUUUUAAUUGAUAAUAUUUACAAAUUAAAGAAUUUACUUUUAAAGGAACAAAUUUUACAUGUAUAUACGAAAUUAAAAUAAUACAAAUAUUUGAAAUUUA